CGAGCACUUGCAUUAGGCUCCAGACAAGGAUAACCGAAACCGUUAUAGAUUUGCACGCGCAGGAAAACGCUGCGAGGAGCUUCAUAGGGUUACUCAUCCAAGAUGGCGUUGAAGAGGGCAGUUCACGACAAGAUACUCAAUGAUGUGAUCCUGUCUGUGAAGAAGACAGGAUCGGACUGGAAGGUGCUGGUUGUGGACCAGCUGAGUAUGCGCAUGAUCUCAGCAUGUCUCAACAUGACCGAGAUCAUGUCCAGUGGCAUAACAUUGGUUGAAGAUAUCAACAAACGACGAGAACCAUUGCCGAAUUUGGAGGCUAUAUACCUUAUAACCCCAACAGAAAAGUCGGUGAAGGGUCUGAUACAAGACUUCCAGAAUGUCCACUCGACACAGUACGCUCUUGCGCAUGUUUUCUUCACGGAAGCAUGUCCUGACGAGCUGUUCAACGAGUUGACUAAAUCCAGUGCAAGCAAGAGAGUGAAGACUCUGAAGGAGAUCAACAUUGCUUUCCUUCCAUAUGAAGCACAGGUGUUUUCCCUGGACUCGCAUGACACCUUCCAGUACUACUUCAACCCCCAGAGGACAGGGGGCAGGACCACGAACCUGGAGCGCUGUGCGGAGCAGAUCGCCACGCUGUGUGCCACCCUGGGGGAGUACCCUGCUGUCAGAUUUAGGAGUGACUUUGAUCGCAAUGCUGAGUUUGCUCAGAUGGUGCAGCAGAAGAUCGAUGGCUACAAGGCCGAUGACAUCACCAUGGGGGAGGGUAUUGCCAAGGACAGGUCUGUCCUUUUGAUUCUGGACCGAGGAUUUGACCCCAUCUCUCCUCUCCUGCAUGAGCUGACCUUCCAGGCCAUGGCCUAUGACCUUCUGCCAAUAGAAAAUGAUGUCUACAAGUACGAAAACACUAGCGGCAGUGAUGUCAACGAGAAAGAGGUUCUCCUGGACGACCAUGAUGAGCUCUGGCUGGAACUACGACAUCAGCACAUUGCUGUAGUGUCUCAACAAGUAACUAAAAAACUAAAACGCUUUGCUGAGGAUAAGCGUCUGACCACCCCGGACAAGGCCAACAUCCGAGACCUGUCACAAAUGUUGAAGAAGAUGCCUCAGUACCAGAAGGAGCUGAGCAACUACUCCACACACCUCCAUCUUGCUGAGGACUGCAUGAGGCAGUAUCAGAAACAUAUAGACAAGCUGUGUAAAGUAGAACAGGAUCUUGCCAUGGGAACUGAUGCAGAUGGAGAAAAGGUGAAGGAUCAUAUGCGAAACAUCGUCCCGAUCCUACUGGACCAGAACAUCACAGCCUAUGACAAGAUCAGGAUUAUCCUCCUUUACAUCAUUCACAAGGGAGGUAUCACGGAGGAGAACCUGGCCAAGCUGCUCCAGCAUGCCCAGAUUCCCAUGGAGGAGAAGUGCAUCGUCACCAACAUGCAGAACCUCGGCAUCCCCAUCAUACAGGAUGAUGGCUCUGAUGGAAGCAAAGGGCUCAAAGCUACCAGCCCACUAAAUUUAGUCUUGUGUGGAGGGGGUCAAGGGAAAAACUAUAGCCGUCUUAUUCAAGACUGCUCUAGUUAUGGGACGUUUCAGGGCGGUCUACAGGGCGGACGGCGCAAGGCCCAGCCCUACCAGCCGUACAACCGCAAGGAGAGGACAGCCGAACACUCGUACCAGCUUUCACGAUGGACGCCAUACCUCAAGGACAUUUUAGAGGAUGCGAUAGAUGAGAAGCUGGACGGGAAACACUUCACCUUUCUGUCCGGGGGCGUGUCACGGUCUGCCAUGUCUGCUCGAAGUGUUCCAAGCGCGCGAUAUGGCCACUGGCACAAGGAGAAGGGUCAGUCAAGUGCUCGGAGCGGACCUCGACUCAUGGUCUUCAUCAUGGGGGGGAUGACGUACUCGGAGAUGCGGUGUGCAUACGAAGUCACACAGUCAGUCAAGAACUGGGAAGUCCUCAUAGGUGCGACGAGUGUGUUGACCCCAGAAGGCUUCCUGAGUGACCUGCGUGACGUCAGCUGCUGAACCGUGCACCCCGUGACCCAGCUGGGACCGCACACCAGGACGUGUGCAGACAAAGGGACCACUAGCCACACUCUUCUAGGGCUCUAGCUGUUAUAUCCUGCCUGCAAGCAUCAGUGGUGCUGUGAAGCUGUGUAGUACACCAGGGCUACCGUUGGACAUUUGCUAACUUCAGAUGGGAUAACAUACAUACACAGAUUUACGGAACUGAAAUGACAUGUUUAAACAGUGAAAUCUUUGUUAACUCAUUCCUAAGAAGGAAGUGCUGUGACCCAGUUGUCUAAGGUGCAGGCUGAGCAGUUGUGUGCCUUAAGCCAGGAAAUUUAUGAUCAUGGGUUCGAAUCCCAGAUUCGCCCUGAUUAUUAUUCUCGGUUUGUCAGCACCGUGCCCGUGCUUGUGGGUGUCACCAGAUUGGUUAACAGCUGACAAGCCAUGAUGUAACUGAAGUACAAUUCAAAGCAGCAUUAAACCCCACUCACUCACUCCUGAGUUUACAUUGAAGGUGCAGUGAAACUCGUUAAAAACAUCUUUAGGAAGUUGACAUGUUUUGUUUCAGACUAUGUUAUCUGAUGGUUCUGGUCAAAUCCAAAUAUGUUGUGUAAUGUAAUAUUGAGAUUGGCCCAGCCGUCUGAAGCGGCACAAUUCACUGUGCAGAGUUGUGUCCCUUGAGCAAACCAGAAACCUAUCAUCUUUGGUUCGAAUCCCGGUUCCCCCUGAUUAUGUUUCUAGGUUUGUCAGGACCAUACCCAUGUUUGUGGGUUUCACCAAAGUGGUAAAUAUUACUUCAGGCUUUCCUCCCACAUCAAGCUGACAUGCCGUGAUAUAACUGGAAUACUGUUCAAAGCGGCGUUAAACCAAACUCAUUCACUCACUCCUUGUCUCAGACUAUGAUGUCUGGAUAUAUCCCACCCAGGUCCUUGAGGUACCGUAUUCGACGUAAUAAGUGGCCAGAGGUAACAGGGUUUCACUGUACAAGAUGACAACCUGAGUAAGUCUCAGUGAGAAGAAAGUCUGAAUUACCAACCCAAAGAUGUCGAAAACUGGAGUCCUGGAUUAAAGACAACGGUUCACAAGCUUUAUGUCACUGUAGCACAGGCAGAAUAGCCAAUGAUUUCUUACUGUACUUUAACUCUAAAACAGUCUUUGAAACACACACUCUUCUCUUUAAUUCCAAUUUCAUAUAUUCAUAAUGUUUUACUCAAUUUUUAAGGUAAUUAGCACCUUAAUGUGUCCAUUUAUGUUUAUGAUGUACAUAUAUUAUCAAUUUACACAUUCCCAUUUAAUAUAAACUUCAAUAUGUAUUUAUUCUUAUCAUGAUAACUUCACUCACCCUUAAAACUAGGCUGGGGUCAAGGAAGGCCCAGUCGUCCAAGGCGCUGUAAUUAACUGUGCAGAGUUGCGUCCCAUGGCCAUUCCAGAAACCUUUUAUCGUGGGUUCAAAUCCCGGUUCAAACUGAUUCUGUUUCUAGGUUUGUGAGCACCAUACUGUGCUCUGAGUUUCACAGACCUCUGUAAAACAAACCACAAGAAACAAACAAGAUCCAAGUGGGUAUAGCCCUGGUUUUAAGGAUUGCCAUUCCAUGCUGAAGUUGUUACGGUAGAAAGUGUUAUAAGCCAAUAUGUCCAAACUGUUUUGACUAGAUGUCAACACAUCCAUCAAGUAAUGGGCGGUGGGGUAGCCAAGUGGUUGAAGCGUUUGCUCGUCAAGCCGAAGAUCCGGGUUCAAUUCCCAACAUGGGUACAAUGUGUGAAGCCCAUUUCUGGUAUCCCCUGUCACCCACUUACUCCAUCAAGUAAAAUGGAACCCUGUUAGUCUGGAUCCUGCACCUUCUGGACAGUUGUAGUCAUCUACAUACAUGUAAAGGGGUUACUGGAAGUUUGCUAAUCGGAACAGUUCAACUGGAAAGGGUACAGUUCGGAGGUAACUGUUUUGAAAUUUGAGGUAAUCUCACUGUAUUUGAAACCUCUUAUUUUAAUUUGGAAGUGAACGCCAGUAGGAAUCACAUAUUCUUCAAUGGCAUGGUAGAAUCCCUGAUAAUAGGGUUUGACUUACUUUGCAUGGUGUGAUGGGUUUUGCCUGGGAGUUCACAUUCCCAUCUUCUAGACAGACAGGAUAUUCUGAUGUGUAGUAGGCAUAGUAAGAUGUCAUACUGAACAUUUGAUGUUAGGCCAGUUCAGAAAUAUUUUUGUUUCUCAUGACUUUUUCCAAAUUGAUGUUAGAGGGAGGGAUGAUUAAUAUUUUUUAAUGUAUUUUUGAGUAGUUACAAAUCCAUGUAAGUAAACAUGACCUUUUGUUGCAUGGAAUUCGAAGAGAUGGACACAAGGUCAGUGGAAGGCAUGGAUAGUGCAAUAAGUUAGAAUCUCCUGCUUAAAUGAAAUUUCAUUGAAAAAUGUAUUCUUAACAAUGUUUGAGAAAGUUGGGAAUCUGAGAAACAAGAAUAUAUUUGAACAAUUUUCUUCAAGAGACCGAUCUACAGGCAUAGAAGUGACAUGUAGCAUGUUGUGGCUCCGAUCAAUUAUUACCCAAAGCUUUUACUUCAGGUUCUGAAGUAUUGUGUAUCUAUGGUAACUGUUUUCAUGAAUACGAAGUAUUAUUAUUUUGUACGUUUACUAUCAGGUUGUUGAAGAAUGUUAUAUCCAAUUCUUUGAUGUGAUGAGUUGGCACAAUGGCAGGUAGGUUGUUGCAAGUAGAUAGUGCCGAGGUUGUAUGUAUUUGUUACAUGUACAAUAUUGUACAACAGCAUUCUAUCCUUGAUUGUACGGUAUAUAUAUAUAUAUGUAUAUUUAGUCCAGGUUGAGAUGAUGUCCAAUAUAUCCUGUGUAGGAGAAACUUCCUUCCUUAGUAUUUUACUUUGAUCAAGGAAGGAAAGACAAAAUUGGUUUUAGAUUUAAGGGAAUAUUAAUAACUUACUGUGAUAUAACUGAAAGACUGUUCAAAGCAGCGUUAAACCCAACUCACUAAUUCUAAUAUAAAUAUUUCUCUUUGACCGACAUAUUACACUAAAGACAACAAAAUUAGACAAUUUUUGAAAGAAUUCUGUUGUACACUGUAGAAUAUUUGUGUAGAUAGGUAUUCCAUUAUGUACUGACAUGUGCAAUACAAUUUCUGUGAUUCUAGUCUGAUAAAGACUAACACCCUUACAUGCAACUUGUGCUGACUUUGUUUUAUGUAAUUUGUUUAGAAUGUUACCAUGGUUACAUUUAGGAGUACCGGAACAUUAUUAUGGUGAAAAUAUGAACAGUACGAGUUUGUUCAUCAGGACCAUGUUUGUCUGUUUUUAGGUUAUGUUUUAUUUGUGAUUGUAUAUAUUGUUUUCACCCUAACAGGGUUCUCAUGAAGAUGAAUUUUAGAAAAAAAUUGAAGAGAAUGAGAGUUCCAUUUUUUUCCAGAGAAAUGAGCAUAUUUCCCAUUGUUUUGUUACAUCAUAGAAGAUCACAUUUCUGCUACUUCUUUCUCUUUAUACAUGUUUUGUCAUUUUAUUACUAUUUGUCCACACAUUUCUUACUGCAAUCGAAGAAAAUGAGUGUAUGAUCAAAGAAUAUUUGGGAAAUUUUGGGCAAAAAUGUAAUUUAUAUUGUAUAGGUUUUGUCAUACAUUUCCAAAAUAUCCAUUACCAAACAAUAUGGGGUUUUAAACUUGAGAAAACAGCUUCGGCUGACUUGGGCGUAGUCUAUGACAUGAAGAAUGAAGCCAAUGCGAUCAGUGUUUUGUAAGUUUGCUAUUUAUUCACUGCCAUGCUAGGGUCUGUAAGUCCUGUCAGCAUUUCACCAGUCCUAUGCAUGUCUGAAGUUGUACAGAUUCAGUGCUCUGUUAGAAGCUCAACUGUAUAUAAUGUGUUGUCAAAUAUAAAACAGUGUCUUACA